GGGAAGUGGGCAGGUCCGCUUUGAGGCGUCUGGUGGUGAAUGAGGCAGACGGGGAGACGAGCAGAUGAGGCCGGCGAUGUCUUGGGCCUCCCUCGUGCCGUGCGCGCGACGGUACGACAAUGACAAUCCGUGAAUAUCACUCUCACCCCGAUGUCAUAUGUCAUUGCCAAUUCACUGAUCCUGUGCAGAAUCCCCGGGAUGCUACCUUUGUCUAUAAACACACUCGCCGGCAGUGCAGGUACCUCCACCAUGACUUCUUGGUGCUUAUGCUGCAGCGACAAUUAUGGUUUGCUGCCAUUAUCACCGCGGAGGAUCAAAGACCACAACGACACAAACAUCUUAUAUGCCAGGCAGACUCGUGCACCAUGUCCGCCACAAGCAGCUCUCCCAAGCCUACUUCCCACAACACCUCGCAACCAGACCCAAAAGAUACUCCCUCUCUCACCGAUACCACGCAGUCCGACAUGUUCAAACAGGAGCGGAGCGGUGCCGACGCUGAACAGAAUGCCGCGCUCAUCAAGGAGGCUCCUCAUCCCAAAUGGAGGCCAUCGACAACAGAAACCCUGGUCAUGGUGACCUUGGCCAUCAUCUCGCUGAUGGUCAGCCUCGACGCCACUGUCAUUGUCACCGCCUUGUCGACAAUCGUCCAGUCCCUCAACGCGACAUCCACUCAAGGCUUUUGGAUAGGCACUUCCUACCUUCUGGUCGUCGCGGUGACCAUGCCAUUCACCGCCUCCAUCAGUGACAUUGUUGGACGUCCACAGACCCUCUUCACAGUCUUGUUGAGUUUCACUGUUGGAACCAUUCUUUGUGCCACCGCCCACAGCAUCGGCAUCAUGCUCGUUGGCCGUUGCCUGCAGGGCGUCGGUGGCGGUGGCGUCAUUAUUCUUUCCCUCGUCAUCUUUUCCGACAUUGUCCCUUUGCGGUUCAGACCGCAAUACGUUGGCGUUCUUCAAGGAGCAUGGGCCUUGGGAAGUGUCAUCGGGCCUAUCAUCGGCGGCGCCUUUGCCAGCCCGACUCGCUGGCGCUGGGUGUUCUAUCUGAUGUUGCCCUUUUGCGGCGUGGGGUUGAUCUUUGUGCCGCUCUUCGUGCGGCUCAGGCGCCCCGAGGCCACCCUGAAGGAGAUGCUGGGCCGCGUCGAUUGGAUUGGUGGGGUCCUCUUCAUCUCCUCCGCGACCAGCUUCCUCAUCGCCAUCUCUUGGGGCGGCACGACGUAUGCCUGGAAUCACUGGAGAACCCUUGUGCCGUUGUUGGUCGGCCUGGCGGGCCUGGUGGCCACCAUGAUAUGGGAACGAUUCGGCGCCAAAGAGACGGCGUUCUUGAGACACUCGCUAUUCCACGUGUGGUCGGCUCAUGCGAUCUACUUUGGCGCGUUCGCCCAAGGCCUCAUUCUUUAUGCACAACUCUACUACAUUCCCUUCUUCUUCGAGUCCGCCAAGCUGUACUCUCCCAUCCGCACCGGCGUCUCGCUGCUUCCCGUGCUGCUGACGCUGGUGCCGGCCUCGGUCAUCGUCGGCGCGGCCAUCACGCGCACCGCCAAGUUCCGGUGGGCGAUCACCACGGGCUGGGUGCUGGCGACGCUGGGCACGGGGCUGAGCAUCUCGUGGGACCGGGGCACCAGCACGGCCGUGUGGGCGGUGGAGAUGAUCGUGCUGGGGUUCGGGCACGGGCUGAACCUCAACGCCCUCAACACGGCGUCCCAGGCGGCGUGCAAGCCCGGCGACGAGGGCCGCGCGGUGGGCAUGUACGCCUUCCUGCGCAGCUUCGGGAUGGCCAUCGGCGUCGGCGUCGGCGGCUCCGUGUUCCAGAACGUCAUGAAGUCCAAGCUCGCCGCCCUGGGCCUGCCGACCGACAUCGCCCUGCGCGCCGAGGCGUACCUGGAGGUGCUCAAGCAGAUGCCCGCCGACUCGCCGCAGCGCGCGGCCGCGGUCGACGCCUACGUCGCGGGAUUCCACGGCGUCUUCGGCUUCUUGACGGGUCUCGCUGGCUUGGCCCUCCUCGUCGGCCUCUUCGUCAAGCACUUUGAGAUCAACAAGGAGCUCAUCACCGAGCACAAGCUGGUGGACGAGUCGCGCCUCAGCUGGCGCCGCGCGAGCCAGGGCACGGGCACCCGCUCGGGCCUGUCGACCGCGGACCACUCGCGCAUGCCCAGCCCUGAGCGCGGCCAGGAGGUUGUCGCAGAGCAGGUCUAGACACGCUUGUCAAGACACGCUUGCCACUCGCUGCGUGCAUUCAUCCAGCCAGCCAUCCAUCGACCCAUGCAUCCAGUCAUCUCCACGCCCUCUUACUCCCAGAUUUCGGAAAUCCGAGCUUCCAACACCGAAAAGGCUGAUGAACGACCCUUUCUAUCUCUGCCGUGUACCAACAGCAGCCAUACUUCCAUGUACUAUUACUAUCACUAUGAUUACCACCACCACUAUUAUUAUUAUUACUAUUACGGCUCCACGACCCUAGAAAAGCGAGCACCACGGCCUUUGGAUACCAGGCAGGCCAAGAGGAAAAAUGCACGGCGGCGGCCACAGAACCCGCGCGAGAUGGGAAAGAUGUCAGGGGUAAUGAUCAAUGACAAUGCGAUAAUGACGAUGAGGACGAGGAUGGAAAGGGGAAUGGCAAUGAUACCGGAUUCGAGACUUGGAUAGACAAAGAUAGACGGAUGAACACAAGGCAAAAAAUGGACAUAUUUAUCACAAGAAAGC